AUGGCGCGUAAAGGCUCUGGUACAGAUGGCCCUCUACAGACAGCCCUCCUGGAAUCCACGUUUGCAGCCACGACAAGAGCUUCUGAAGGACAGAAGAUCUUCAGCCCUAUAGCUGCAUUCCUCGACAAACACCGCAGCCAAACCGCCGGCCUUGCCCCUCACCUACUGAGAGCCCUCACCGCUCUAAGCGAUGACCUCGCCUCAAUAGCCCAACAACAUUUCAACGCCUACAUUAGCGGUAUCUCGACGACCUCCAUUCCCCCUGCCCUAUCCUCUUCCCCUUCCCUCACCCCAAAUUCCUUCCUCCCCUCACCCCCUCUCUCACGCCCCCCCUCAGGUCUUGAACAGUCAACUUAUGCGACUAUUACCCAACAUGCCCCAGCCAAAUCAACUCCCACCACUCACUCUAAAGCCCCUGCUAAAAAGCCUAUGCCUCUGAUUAAACAACCCCUUCCUGACAAUCGGCUCUUCGUACGUCUCCCAGCUGAUCAUGCAGCUAGAAAAAUGGAAGCCUACGCUAUCUACUCUAGCCUAAGGUCUCAACUAAACUCAAACAGUGCAGCACUAAAAGAAGUUCAAACCACAAAGACUGGCUUUGCACUAUGUCCCUCAUCUCCGGAAGCCCUCCUAGCCCUUGAGGCCCAGAAAGAGAUUAUCUCUGCAUUCUUUGUUAACUGCCAGAUAGAACGCAGCUCCCGAUGGGUCUCAUAUCGAGUUACCAAUGUGCCAAGGAAAAUUGGCCAAAUCUUGAAUGGCCAAUACUCUCUAAUCCCCGGCUUAAGCCCACAUCUAUUAGCGAGACCACUUCAAGCGCUGUCAACCCUGAUACUCCCUCCUCAAGCUGGUUUGUGA